GGUACCUCAUCCUCACCUGAAGCUAGCUAGCUAGUUUUCAAGAACAUAUAUUUCCCAUCUCACUUGCUAUUGUCUCACAUAUCUCCCUUUUGAUGUAUAUAGAGAGAGAGGAUGGAGCCGAAAAACUUUAUUCAUAAACAUCCACUGCACUUCUUUGAAGAGUGGAGCAAUGUCCACGGUAAGACUAGAGGUGUAAAUUGCUCAUCAGGAUGUGGGCAACCAAUUUCAACUCAGUUCUAUGCAUGCGUCGAUUGUAAGUUUUUCCUUCAUAAAUCAUGUUCCGAGCUGCCACUGAACAUCACUCACCCCUUUCAUGAUAAUCAUCCUCUCACUCUUUUAGCCAAAGCACCAUACUCGGCUUUGUGUGAUUUUUGUGAUGGUAGUGUCGAUGGAUUUGUUUACCACUGUUCUUCUUGUACAUUUGACCUUCACAUCAAAUGUGCCUUGCUCCCAGAAUUCCUCAAUGGAGAUUUUCCAAAAGUUGAUCAUCACAUUCAUGUUGAACACCCACUCUUCUUCAUAAAAAAUCUUAGCCAUGAAGUUAAACUAGCUUCUUCCCGCUAUUGCAGUGUUUGCUUAGAACAGUUAUCAAAUGCUUCCUUUUACACUUGUGUUGUUUGUGAGCUUUUCCUUCAUAAAUCAUGUUCUGAGACUGAGCUACCAUUGAACAUUAAUCACCCCUUCCAUGAGAAGCACACUCUUACUCUUAAUUUUCUUCGACGGGAUAGUGAAGUACCUUGUCAAUUUUGUCAUAAUGAUCAUUGUGGUAAAGGAUUGUUUUACCAUUGUUCUUCUUGUCGUUUCAAACUUCACAUCAACUGUGCCUUUCUCCCACAAUUCCUCACUAGAAAUUUCCCAAAACGUGAUCAUCAUCUUAGUGAUGUUGAUGACCACCCACUCCUCUUCAUCCAAAAGGACCUUAUUAGCAAAAGCAAUAAAGUUGAACUAUGUUCUAAUUGCUUUGUUUGCGCAGAAUCAUUAUCUGAUAGUUCUUUUUAUUAUUGCCCAGAAUGUGAAUUUUUCCUUCAUAAAUCAUGUACUUUUAAAAUGAUACCUUUGAAAAUUAAUCACCCUCUCCAUGAUGAACAUGCUAUUAGACUAACCGAAAGGAGUUUUGGCAACGUAGCAUGCAACUUUUGUCUUAAUGAUAUCAAGGGAUCUAGGUACAUUUGUUCUUCUUGUGGCUUCCAGCUUGAUCCCAAAUGUGCUUUGCUCAUCACAAAAGAUCUCGCAAAACAUAAUCAUUUUGCCCAUGUGGAGCACCCACUCGUCUUUGUCCAAAUGCUUAGAAAGGAAGUUAAAACUAGUGCUUGUUGCUCUGUUUGCUCAAACCCAUUAUUGGGCACUUCUUUUUACUGUUGUCUUGAUUGUCGAUUUUUCUUUCACAAAAAAUGUGAGGCAGAGUUGUGGCCUAAGAUUGAGCACGUCGCCCACCCUCAACACCCUCUUAUUCUUGAAUUUCCAGCACAGAAUCGUGCCAGCCGCCACUUUUGCCACUUUUGCCAUGAUACCAAUAUUAACAAAAUUGGUUACAUCUGUCGCUCUUGUGACUUUUAUAUUCAUCAUGAGUGUACCUUACCCAGGUUCUUCCCAGAAAGUAAGAUCCAUGACCACCAGUUGAGCCCAUUCAUGAGGAAAAAUCCCUUCAUUUGCGAUGCAUGUGGGGGGGCAGGAGAUGACGCUCGCUAUUUUUGUUUAAAGUGCAGCAUCAUGAUCCAUCCGGAUUGUAUUUUCCUGCCAAAACUCAUCAAAUUCAAACUGCACAAUCAUCAUAUACUCGGCCACAACUACAGGUUUCCACAAAAAGUGGGUGAAAAAUGGACCUGUCAAUUUUGUUUCAAAAAGGUGCUGGCAGAGUAUGGGAGUUACAAAUGUUUGCACUCAGACUGUGAUUAUGUUCUUCAUGGGAGUUGCGUAAAAGAGAAUAAAGGUCGUCUUUAUAUCGAAGUUGAGUCAAGGAAUGAGGAAAGUGAUGAGGCUUCUUCUUCUUCUUCUAGUUGUGCUAUGGCGCUAGGAGACAAGACAAGGCAUUUCAGCCACAAGCAUGAAUUAGUGCUUGAUAAGCUUGAUAAUGAGGAAAAUGGUGAUAAAAAAUGUUGCGAUGGGUGUGCAUUACCAAUCUUGCUUGCUGGUUACAGUUGUCCACGAGCAGAGUGUAAUUUCUCCCUUCACAAGGCAUGUGCCCAAAUUGGAGAGCACAAACCACAUUGGGCUUCCCAACAUCCUCUUCGACUUAGAAUGGAGCCCCUUUCUAGAUGUCAAUUGUGUAAUUAUAACUGCAGCGGUUUUUUUUUCGGCUGGGGAGGAGUUAGUUGGAUGUGGAUUUGCCUCAGAUGUAGUGAGAUCCCUUUCAUCACCACCCAUGAAGCACAUGCUCAGCAUUCCCUCUUCUGUGAUCAAGGUCACAAGGGACAAUGUAGCGGCUGCGGUAAAGAAAUGGGCGAUUAUGGUGGUUAUAGAUGCACGCUAGCAGAAGAAGAGGAGAAUUGCAAAUCUUUUGCCUUGGACUACAGAUGCCUGACACGGCCCCUUACAGCUCAGCAUAGGUUCCACCAUCACCCUCUAAAACUCACUUAUGAGGAUCCUUACAAGGAUGAUGAUGGUGAUCCUUUUCAACACAUGUGUGAAAUCUGUGAAGAUAGAAGAGAUCCAAAGCUAUGGUUUUAUCGGUGUGAUGAGUGCGAUUUUGAUGCUCAUCCCGAUUGCGUUCUUGGGGAAUACCCAUUCGUCAAACAUGGGAGCAUUACGUAUCAUCUUAGCUGUCAUUCUCAUCGUUUUGGACCUCUCAUGUAUUUCCAGAGUGAGAAAUAUCCCUAUCCAAAAUGCAAGAGAUGUGGCCUUCCUUGCAAAGAUCAGUUGGCUCUUAAAUGUCCCCGCUCUGAAUGCAACUUUGCUCUACAUUUUAAGGAUUGCUAAUCAGAUCGUUAAAUUUUUCGUUUGCGGCGACGGUUGAAUUGUCAAUGAGUUCAUCUAAUGUGCUUAGUUGGCCCAAAACGGCAAGCAAUGAAGACGUUUUGAUGCUAUAUGCUUCUGCUGUUCUGCAUUCUUAUGCUGUAAAAAAACUGCAAGAAACUACCCCAAGAUUUUGCUCUAUCAGUUGCUGCUUCCGCGAACGAUUUCCUGCUUAGGUUUGUGUUUACUUUCUGAAAAUAACAGGUAAGGAGUUGC